UUCUUUCUUUAGAGAAAGUGGGAGGAGGAAGAGAGAGGUGGCAGAACUCCAGGAGUUUGGAAGUUUGUCCCAUCCCAGCCUUCAACCCAGCACCACAGCUCCUCUGGUUUAAGACCGGGAGAGUGUCUGUCUCUUUCUGUCUCAACCAUUUCCCCCUUUACUCAGGAUCCCUCUUUCUGUGACCUUAUCACUGCUUUGCUCCACCGCCUUCCUGCGGGAGGUGCUGGAAAAGCCAGCGAAAGGAAUUUACCAGGAGGAUAAUGACCAAAAGUCCAGCUUGCAGUCAUUUUACAUAACAGAUACAUAUAGAAUUUUUCUUCAAAAACCAAUACAUUGGAGUACGGCUACUUCAGCUCAGGGUGUUCUCUUUGUUUCUUCUCAAGAUGAAGAGGCACCGGUUGUUACCGUUGUGUACUCUUCUGGGCGUCCUGUUUGCGGGACUCCUCCCUAAACUUGAUGCUCAGGAUGUUUUGGUGGUUGGGAAACGAGACAUCAUUUUCCUGAUCGACAAUACAAUGGGCACAGCAGCCAUCAAUAGUUUACGCGAAUUCAUCAAGAGAUUUGUUGACAGAAUGCCAAUCGGUCCAGAUGGAGUUCAAGUGGGUAUUGCCCAGUUCAGCACUGUCCCAAGACUCGAGAUGGAUUUGAACACUCAUGGAACCAAGGAGGCAAUAACAGCUGCUUUGGGUACUAUCAAAGCAAGACCAGGACAGACAGUCAACAUUGGAGCAGCCUUGGACUUUGUGCGAGUGAAUAUGCUGCAGUCUGAGAAAGGCAGUCGUCUUCAGCAGGGAGUACCCCAACUUUUGCUGUUGUUGACUAGUAAGAGGUCUAGUGACAGUGUGGAACAGCCUGCUUUGGCCCUUCAGCGAAUGGGUGUAUUGACUCUGGCUGCAGGCUCAAGGUCUGCUGAUGAGCAGGAGCUGAAGCAGAUUGCCUUUGCUGACAAAGUAGUGUUCAUGACUAAGGACUUCCGCACACUGUUUCGCAACCCAAGGGAAAUUGUCGCUGCACUCUCUACUCUAGCUGGGGUGGUGGUGACUGAAGUACCCACUGAGCCAGGGGUGGAGAUAACAACAGUGCAGACACAAAAAGUGGUCCGAGACAUUGUUUUCCUUGUGGAUGGCUCGAGCUACAUUGGUAGUGGUAAUUUCCCCUAUGUGAGAGACUUCAUGAUCAACGUGGUCAACCAACUGGAUGUACGUCCAGACAGGGUUCAGAUUGGUCUUCUGCAGUUUGCUGCCCGUCCAAAAAUAGAAUUUUACCUGAACAGCUAUGGCAACAGGCAAGAUGUUGUGAAUAAAAUCUCUCAGCUCAGGCUGACUGGAGGGUCAGUUCUGAAUACAGGAGCUGCCAUGAAUUAUGCGCUGGCCAAUAUGUUCCAAGCAUCAACUGGGUCACGGAGGAAGCAGGGAGUCCAGCAGGUUUUGGUUCUGAUCACAGGUGGUCCCCACCAGGAUGAGGUUAAGGCCGUGGCCGAUAAAUUGGCUUUAGCUGGUGUUUUGACUUUCACUGUCAGUUCUGGACAAGCAGAUGAGUCUCUUCUGAAGACAGUUGCCUUUGUUGAAGAUUUGGCUUACCACGAAAUAAGUUUCUCCAGUUUACCAGCAAUGGCUGAAGUGAUCAUGCCAAAGCUGAUAACAGUGGUUGGCGAUACCGAUGUUACAACAUUCCCAGAGGAAACUGUUAUCUCUGGAGGUGAAAGAGAUGUUGCCUUCCUUAUUGAUGGGACAGACCGUGUUCGAGCAGAUUUUGCCUACAUCCGGGAUUUUAUCAUUAAAGUAAUUGAACCACUUGACAUUGGUAUUGACAAGGUACGAAUUUCAGUGGUUCAACACAGUGAGCGGCCAACUCCAAAUUUCUACCUUAACACUUAUCAAACCAAAGAUGAGGUGAUAAGAGCUGUCAAUGGCAUGACAUUGGCUGGUGGACGCAGUUUAAACACAGGCUCUGCUCUGAGAUUCAUGAAGGACACCAUCCUGUCUGAAAGCUAUGGCAGUCGGGCUGCACAAAAUGUCCCUCAGUUCCUGAUAGUCUUGGCUGGAAGCCGCUCCACGGAUAACGUGAAAGAACCUGCUGGUGCACUGAAGACAGAGGGAGUCGUGCCAUUUGGUGUUGGUGUCAAGGAUGCAGACCCAAAGCAGAUUGAGGAAAUUUCACACAACCCCUCAUUUGCCUUCAAAGUGAGGGAAUUCAGUGAACUGAGCACUAUACCACAAAGGCUCAAUAACUAUGUGAGCCUUCCAAGGGAAGAACUAGCCGUUGUCCUACAGGAAGCAGAGUCACAAGGCCCCCGGAAGGAUGUUGUUUUCCUCGUUGAUGGAUCUGAUGGUGUUGGACGGGAAUUUGCUAUCAUCCAGGAGUUUAUCCGCCGAGUGGUUGAGAGUCUCAAUGUGGGCGAGAAUAAGAUCCGGAUUGGUGUGGUCCAGUAUGGUGACUUUGCUCAGGCUGACAUGUACCUGAACACGCAUACAACUAAAGAAGGAGUUUUGAAUGGGAUCAGGGAAAUGAGUCAGCGAGGAGGAAGACGACGUAACCUGGGCCAAGCUUUGCAAUUUGUCAGUCAGGAUGUAUUGACAGCAACACGGGGUAGCAGAAAGCAAGAGGGCGUACCGCAGUUUGUGAUUGCCGUGUCCAGUGGCCCUUCUACAGAUGAUGUCAGUCGUGCAGCAUCUUCCCUCAAACAAUCUAGAGUUCUUCCUUUCAGCAUUGGGACAAGAGAUGUUAACCCCACAGAGCUGCGGGUGGUGUCAUAUGUGCCCAAUUUUGCCUUCACUGUAGAUGAUCUACCUGGCCUGUACACAGUUCAAGAAAGCUUAAUCAACACUCUCACUGAGCUGUCAGAUGAUGACAUUGCCAGGAUGCGUCCAGAAUUCCCAACUUAUGAUGUAAUCACACCAGUGCCUGCAGGAGGAGAAAAGAGGGAUGUCGUAUUUCUUAUCGAUGGCACAAGCGCGGUGCGUAGUGAGUUCCCUUCCAUUCGUGACAUGAUAAGAAGAGUUGUGGAGAAUUUGGAUAUAGGAUUGGACAAGGUCCGGGUUUCAGUGGUGCAGUACAGUGAUGAACCAAAGACAGAAUUUCUCCUGAAUGAACUGUCCAGCAAAAACGAGGUACGCCAGGCUGUGAUGAGGCUUCGAAGCAAAGGUGGUAAUCGUCUAAACACUGGUCAGGCGAUUGAGUUUGUGGGCAGAAACAUCUACCAGAGGGCAGCAGGAAGCCGCAUUGAGGACGGUGUGCCUCAAUUCCUCAUUCUAGUUACAGGUGGCAAGUCUGCAGAUGAUGUAUCUGCGCCAGCUGAACAACUUAAGAGAAACCAGGUUGCACCUCUUGCCAUUGGUUCACGGAAUGCAGACCCAGAUGAAUUGAAACAGAUUUCUCUAAAGCCAGAGCUUGCAUAUACAGUUGACAGUUUCCAACAGCUUCCAAGAGUGGAGUCACAAAUCAUUGAAUCAGUCAAAACAAUUUCGACGGCUGAUAUCAGCUAUGUUCCUCCUGACCGAGGAAAUGUGGAUCUUGGGAGAAAGGACAUUAUCUUUCUUAUUGACGGCUCAGACAAUACAGGUCCUGCUGGGAUUGCUCAUAUUCGUGAUUUCAUCCUUAACAUCAUUCAACAACUUGAUGUACAGCCUGAUCAAGUGCGUGUGGCUGUUGUCCAGUAUGCUGAUAGAGUCAAAACAGAGUUCUCACUGAACUCACACAACAACAAGCCAGCUGUUAUCUCUGCAAUCAAAAGACUUCGUCAGAUGGGUGGACGGUCAUCAGAACUGGCUAAUGCCAUCGAGUACGUCAUACAGAAUGAGUUAAAACCUUCUGCUGGAGUUCGUCCAACAGAGGCCUCCCAGCAUCUUGUGGUGCUCACAGGUGGACGUUCUCCUCAAGAUGUCUCCAUCUAUGGACCUCUGCUGAAGGGCUCUCGGGUGAACUGCAUUGGCAUUGGAGCAGGUGGGGCUGACACAAAACAGCUGAGGCAAAUAACUACCACCCAAGAGGAUGUCCUUCAGGUUCCUACAUUCCCUGGCCUCCAAACUAUAAAGGAAAGGUUUAUUGCCAGGUUGAGAGGGUCCAUCACUACAACUCCAGAUUAUGAUCCUCCUACUGCGGGCCUGCCUCCACCUAAAAAGGCUGACAUAGUGUUUUUGGUGGAUGGUACCAUUAAUCUGGGACGAGACAACUUCAAUGAAGUGAUGUCAUUUAUCACCAACCUGAUUGAUCUGUUCUUCACUGAGAGAGAUGACCUACGGAUCGGCCUGGCACAUUAUGCUGCAGAUGUGACUGAUGCAUUUUUCCUCAACACUUACAAGAACAGGGAAGACAUAUUAAGUGCCAUUGGUCGAGUUGAGUUCAAGGGUGGACGUACACUCAAUACUGGUUCAGCCAUUCGGCAUGUUCAGGAUGUUCACUUCACCAGAGAUAAAGGCAGUAGGAUUGAUGAGGGCACUCCUCAGGUCCUUAUUGCUAUAACUGGAGGACGCUCAUCUGAUGACAGUAAAACAGCUGCCCUUGGUUUGAAGAAUAAAGGUGUGAGAAUCUUUGCUGUGGGAGUGGGGAACAUUCAGGAUGAGUUGGAAAACCUGGCAAGUGAGUCCACCACUGUGGCUCGAGCAAGCACUUUUCAGGGACUUUCAGAGCUCAAUGAACAAAUCCUAGAGACUUUGGAUGAUGAAGUUAAGGGGAAGCUAUGUGUUGGUGUGCAAGAAGUGCCUAAAAUCUGCAACAUAGAGGUGUUGGUAGGCUUUGAUGUGUCUGCCCAGAACAUCUUCAGUGCUCAAACCAACCUCCAGAGCAAGAUGGGUGCCAUUCUGCGCAGGAUUUCCAAAAUGACACCUAUCAGUUGCUCAGCUGGACAGAUUCCUUCUAUCCAAGUGGGCAUGCUGGCAAUGGAUUCUGCCUCUGAGCCUGUCCUGCUAGACUUCACAGACAAUGCUGAUGAGCUGUUUGAGGCUUUUAGAGCUCUGCGGAGUCGAGGCCCCUUUUUCCUUAAUGGCAAGACCAUCUCAGCUUACACCAACAAAUUCAAAACACAGGACAGCACGGUCAAGGUUGUCAUUCAUUUGACUGAUGGUCUUGAUGCCCCAUAUGCUGAAAUGAAAAGGCGAGUUGAGGAACUUCGGCUGUCAGGAGUGAAUGCUUUCAUCCUUGUUGGGCUGGAGCGGGUUCCCAAAUUUGAAGAGGCUUCGCUGCUAGAAUUUGGUCGUGGCUUCAGGUACACCAGACCCUUACGACUCAAUAUCAUGGACUUGGACUAUGAGCUUUUGGAAGAACUGGACAAUAUUGCAGAAAGGGAGUGUUGUAAAGUGCCAUGCAAAUGUACCGGCACCAGAGGAGACAGGGGAGCAGUUGGACAUCCAGGGUCUAAGGGUGGUCCAGGAUUACCAGGAAGCCAAGGACAUCCUGGAGAAGAGGGUGGACCUGGAGAGAGAGGUCCUCCUGGUGUUAAUGGAACUCAGGGUUUCCAGGGAUGUCCUGGACAGAGAGGUGUCAAGGGCUCUCGAGGGUACUCAGGAGAAAAGGGUGAAUUUGGAGAAAUCGGGCUUGAUGGCAUCAAUGGAGAGGAGGGCAAAAGUGGAGUGGCUGGUCCUCCAGGAGACAGAGGAAACCCUGGAAGAAGAGGUCCUAAAGGUGUCAAAGGGCAAGCAGGAGACAUUGGAGAGAUGGGAAUCAGAGGAGACCCUGGAACAAGUGGACAAGAUAACAAUCGUGCAGGGCCUAAAGGAGACCCCGGUGAUGCCGGACCAGUGGGAGAGCCCGGAGAGGAUGGAAAUAAGGGAGGCCCUGGUGAAGUCGGAAGAAGGGGAGCCAAUGGCAGAAGAGGUGCCCCUGGACAGGCUGGAAAUCCUGGAAGGCCAGGAGCUAAUGGUGUGCAGGGAGAGCCUGGUAUUGGAGGAUCUCGAGGUGCAGCUGGACCAAAUAGUGCACCAGGACCCAGAGGAGAAGAUGGGAACCCUGGACCGAGGGGUCCUGGAGGAAGCCCAGGCCCCAGUGGAGAGAAGGGUAGAAGAGGAGCUCUUGGUCGUAAGGGAGAGCCAGGAGACCCAGGACCUAAGGGUGUCGUUGGACCCCUUGGACCCCGUGGAGAGCCAGGUGAAGAUGGCAGAGAUGGGUUUGGUGUUCCAGGGCCUCAAGGAAGAAAAGGUGACGAGGGAUUCCCAGGAUUCCCGGGACCCAAGGGAGCAGCUGGGGAUCGUGGCACCCAGGGUGGACCUGGACCCAGAGGAAAUCGUGGACAGAGAGGUGUCUCUGGGACUAUCGGUACACCCGGACAGAAGGGAGAAGUUGGAUAUCCUGGACAAUAUGGUGUCAAAGGACCAAGGGGACCAGGUGUCGUGCAAUGUGACCUGGUCAAGAAGAUCAGAGACAACUGCCGUAAGUAUAAUUAAUAACGCUCAUGUCUUUUAAUGUCAGUUAAUAAUUUUUAUA